AUGCCUCCACGGACAUCGCCCCGGAAGAAGGCGACCGCCACAGCCGUCAAAGUCGAAAAGGAAGUCGUCCGGAAAGUCAACGGUGCAGCAGCCAAGGCCAAGACCAAGGUCACCAAGGCCAAAGCUGAGGCUGUCACCCCGAAGAAGAAGACUGCAGGCAAGAAGCGCAAGGCAGCUGACGACACCGAGGAUGAGGAUCACGAGUGCGACAGCCACAACGAGGCAGAACGAGGCGAGAAAGAGAAGCCUGAGCCCAAGAAGCGGAAGACCAAGAAGGAGAAAGAGGCAGAGGCGAUGCCGCUCGCCGAGAGGACAGCCGUCAGCUCCCUCAAGAGGGCAAUGUAUAUCGGCGCGCACGUCAGUGGCGCAGGAGGCUGCCAAAACUCCAUCCAAAACGCCACCCACAUCGGCGCCAACUCGUUCGCCCUCUUCCUCAAGUCCCAGCGGAAAUGGGUCUCCCCGGCCCUCAAGGACGACGACCGCGACGCCUUCCACGCCGCGGCCAAGGAGCAAAAGUACGACCAGGGCCAGCACGUCCUCCCGCACGGGUCGUACCUGGUAAACCUCGCACAGGCCGACAAGGCCAAGGCGGACCAGGCCUACGACAACUUCGUCGACGACCUCAAGCGGUGCGACGCGCUGGGCAUAAGGCUCUAUAACUUCCACCCGGGGUCCACCGGCGGCGAGACCAUGGCCUCGGCGUGCGGGCGCAUCGCCGCGCAGCUGAACCGCGCGCACGGGGCGACCGAGUCGGCCGUCACGGUGCUCGAGAACAUGUGCGGCCACGGCAACAUCAUCGGCGGGAAGUUCGAGGACCUGCGCGACGUCAUCGCGGGCGUGGACGACAAGUCCCGCGUGGGCGUGUGCAUCGACACGUGCCACGCCUUCGCGGCGGGCUACGACCUGCGCACGCCCGAGGCGUUUGCCGCCACCAUGGCCGAGUUCGACCGGGUCGUCGGGCUCAAGUACCUGCGGGCGCUGCACCUCAACGACAGCAAGGCGCCCUUCGGGUCGCACCGGGACCUCCACGCCAACAUCGGCACCGGGUUCCUGGGCCUGCGGGCUUUCCACAACGUCAUGAACUACGAGGGGUUCCAGAACCUGCCCAUGGUGCUGGAGACGCCCAUUGACAGGAAGGGCGAUGACGGCAAGACGGUGGAGGACAAGCAGGUCUGGGCUGACGAGAUCAAGCUGCUUGAGUGGCUCAUCGGUGCGGACCCGGAGAGCGACGAGUUUAAGAAAAAGGAGCGCGAGUUGUCGGCCAAGGGCGAGGGCGAGCGGAAGAAGAUCCAGGAUCAGGUCGACAAGAAGGUGGCCAAGGAUAGUAAGAAGGGGACCAAGAAGAAGGGCAAGAAGGCCUCCUCGGAUGACGAGGACAGCGAGGACAAUGAGAACCAACAAAACUUCAUGAAGACCUGGAUGAAGAAGACAAAAUGA